AUGAGUUUGUUAUUUGAUCAAAUAAAAUUGUUACAUAGUCAAAAAUUACACUCCAAUGUUGCUAAAGUGGCUGAAAUGGUUUUAAAAGUCAGUGAACAUACAACAGAUAUUUUAACUGCUCCUCAUAAAUAUCGAAUUUAUGCAUACCUUGGUGACUCACAUUAUUUCUUAAGUAAUUAUCGGCAAGCAGAAGCUGCGUAUAAAUUAGCAUUAACCUUCAAAGAUGCUUGUUCCACAUCGAAAACACAACUUAAACAAUAUGACGGCAUAAAAGAUUCAAUGCCUGAUAUAGAUAUUAAAUAUCAAUUACAUUUAUGUUUGGUCAAACUAAAAGAUAAUAAACAGGCAUUAGCUGUUUUGCAAUCCAUACCAUCUAAACAAAGGAAAACUAAAAUUAAUAUGGCCCUUGCAAAAUUAUAUCAUCAGAUGGGCAAUACUAUUCAAGCUAUUUCUGCUUAUAAUAAAGUUUUAAAAGACUGUCCAUUGGCAAUUGAAGCAGCUGAAGGACUUUUGAGUUUAGGUGUGAAAGGAACAGAAGUGAAUGCUAUUAUGUUAGAAAUGGUUGGAAUUAGUGGACUUGAAUGGCUUGGUGGUUGGAUAAAAGCUCAUGCCCAUCUAUUUAAUCAUAAAGAAUAUCCCUUAGCUAUAGCUGCAUUUAAACAAUUAGAUGAUAAUUCACCAUUAUGCAAUAGUAAUAGAUUACUAGUUGCUAUGGGAAAAGCAUAUUAUUUUAAUGGAGAUCGUAAAAAUGCUCUUAAUUAUUUACAAAGGGCCUACAAGUUGAAUCCACUUAUGCAGGAUGGUUUAUGUACACUUGCUAUGUGUUUUUAUAUGGAGAAACAUAAUAAAGAUUUGGAAAAAUUACUCCCAACAAAUUAUACAGAUGAAUUAUCAAUUGAACCUCAUAUGUGGAUUAUUUUUGCUUUUGUUUGUUAUAGUAAUAGUAAUUAUUCAAAAGCUUUGUGUUUAGCUCAAAGGGCUUGUUCCAUUGACCAAAAAAAUAUUGAAGCAUUACUGUUACAUGGUAUGAUAUUAACAAGUAUGAAAAAAUAUUCUGAUGCCAUUUUGCAAUUUCGAAAAGCUAAUGAUUUAGCGCCUUAUCUUUUUGACCCUCAUAAAGGUAUGGUAGAUUGUUAUAUAGCAUUGCAUAAAAUGAGGACUGCAAUUACUUCUGCUAGUAAUUGUUGCAAACAAAUGAAUAAUCAUCCAAAAUCAUUAACAUUAUAUGCUUCAAUACUUAUUAAAGAUCCAAUGACUGUUGGUAAAGCAAAAUUAUUGUUGGAAAGAGCAUUAAAUGUUGAUGAAUACUAUCUUCCUGCAGUUUAUAUGUUAGCUCAAAUAUUUGAACAAGAAGGUAAUUUCAGUUCUGCUGUUACACUGUUACAUAAACAAGCAUUAGAUCAACCAACAUGUAGAUUAUAUCAAAUGUUAGGCGAUUUAAGUGUCAAACAAAAUCAAUUGGAAAAAUCAUUUGACUACUAUUAUUCUGCACUAAACCUUGACCCGAAUAAUAAACGAGUAAUGGAGAGUUUAGAGAGUUUGGGUAAACCAUGUAAUACUUCAACAGUAACAUCUACAGAUUCAACAGGACCUCUUUUAAAUGGAUCUCUUUUAGAUGCAACAUUUAGUGGUGUAAAUAAUGCUGAAAAUGAAUCAACUCCAUUCAAUACAGUACACGAAGAAGACACAUUUAUGGAUUCUGAUCAUGAAGGAUCUGGAUCAGACAUAUCUAUAUAACUUUUUUUACAUUUUUUUUUAACAAACACAAUAAAUAUACAUUUUAUAAUUCUUAA